AUUCUCCGUAAAAAGGUUAAAGAAAGAGAAGGGGAUAAGGAAAGCAGCAAAAGCUCUCUCUCUUCUAGCAGAGGGGGGCUUCCAUUUUUCUCUUUGCCCUCGGGUUUGAUCUUCUCUACGUGUGGAAAAAUCUCUUCUUCUCUCUGAAGAGCGACUCCCCACAAGAAGAAAGAUAAGGACGAGGGAGGAAAAGGCCAUAGAGUGAAAGAAGAUGUGCGGGGGAGCGAUCAUCUUCGAUCUGAUACGGCAAAGCCAAGCGAAGGGCACCGCCGCCAUCCCGGACAAAUGGCCGGACGUCUUCACGAACGCCACCGCCACCGAGAAAUGCUCCAACUCAGUCGAGUCUUUCACUGAUGCCGUCCCCAAGCGUCGACUCGCCUCAGAGGAGUGGGAGGACGACGAAGAGGAGGAGCGGAAGCCGAAGCGGCAGAGGAAGAACCUCUACAGAGGGAUAAGGCAGAGGCCUUGGGGGAAGUGGGCGGCGGAGAUCCGCGACCCGAGGAAGGGUGUGAGGGUCUGGCUGGGGACGUUCAACACUGCCGAGGAGGCUGCCCGCGCCUACGACGCCGAGGCUCGCAAGAUCAGAGGCAGCAAGGCCAAGGUUAAUUUCCCCAACGAGAUCCCUUCUCCCCGCCCUUCCUCCGCUGCCGCUGUCCACCACCUUCACCAGUUCCGCCAGGAAGUUCCGGGCUCUCUCGGCUUCGAUGCGGCUGCAGCGGACUAUCACCACCACCGCCAGGCAGCCUUUUAUCUGCCGCCGGAGAAGCCUGCGAUUGCCGUGGAGGACGAUAAGAAGAAGAGCGCAAUGCGGCUAGCCGAGCAGCUCCGCGCCUACGACAACUACAUAGAAUUCCUGCAGGGUUUCGACGCCGGGUACGAGCAGCCAGCGCCGCCACCAGCCCAGGAGACCGCCGUCGCCACCUCCAUGGAGCUCUGGAGCUUCGACGACGUCCCUGUCAGCUGCUCGUCGACGCUCCCAAUGUGAUCCCGCCGGAGUAGUGUCUGUCCUUCGACGACGACGAUCUCUCUCUCCCCCUCUCUCCCUCUCCCCACCAACAUGUAGCAAAGCAAAGUAAAUGGUAGGUUAGAACAAAUAAAUAAUAAUGUUUUCUUAGGAGAAUAAGAUGUUAUUUUAUUCAUACGUUUCAGGAAUAAAACCAUUGAUCUGAUUGUAAGAA